AUGACAUUAGAACUUUCAUCUAAUGUUAAUAAUACUUCAACACAUAAACCAUCCAACAGCCCUGACGAUGAAGUUAAAAUCAUGGUGCCACCCUUGAAUUUUGCAAUGGUAGCUCCAGGUGUUUAUCGCUCUGGACAUCCAAAUCGUAAAAAUUUUCCCUUCUUAAAAAAAUUAAAAUUGAAAAGCAUAAUAUACCUUUCAUCGGAUGAAGUUCAUGAAGAACUGAGUCAAUUUGUAAAUGAUCAAAAUAUCCAGGUUUUUCAUUAUAAAAUUGACGGAAAUAAGGAACCAUUUAUUGAAAUCGAACAAAAAGAAAUUAGUAAUGCUUUAGUUAAAGUUUUAGGCUGUUUAGUAGGAUGCCUUCGUAAGUUACAGAAAUGGUCACUGACUUCGAUUUUUCAUGAAUAUCGACGUUUUGCCGUUACAAAAGUUCUAGCUGAUCAAGAGUUCAUUGAGAUAUUUUCAGAACAUGUACCAUAUGAUCCCGAAUUUAAACCUGAGUGGCUAUAA